AUGAGGGUGACAAUAUGCUUGGCGAAUUUGGUGUCAGGCAUCAUGAGAGGAUCGGCAUCCCGCAGUUUUUGGUACAACUGGACCAUCACCUGUCUCCAGCGAACAGGAUCAUCCCGUCAAUGUGUUUGCUGGUUCAUAUUCGUUCUUCAAGGUUAUCCAGGCAUCGUGUGCAGACUUGCAAUCACGAACGACAUACAGCCUUUCAACUGGAACGGCUUUGACUAUGAUGGCGUGAGCCCUCUUGUCAGCAAGAAGCCAAGCUUCAGCAUCCCUCUUUGCAUUCUCAACCACAACCUCGUUCCCAGGAAUGGUGACAGUGACAGUAGCUCCCGCAUUGUCGAGACCUUGAACCUGCUGACUCUGCCUGAGUACAGGUAUGACUGGUGGAUUAUAGUCCGGGCCAUCGACAUAUUUCCAGUAUCCAGCAGCAUCAAGCUCAAGCUGAGACUUCUGCUUGAACUCGUUGAAAUUGUUCGUCCCAUCCUCUUCUUCCUUGAUAGGGACAUUCUGAGUUUCCGAGUGCAGGCAGUUGAAGAGAAUCACGAUAGCGAGGACUGA